GAUUAGGGCAGGAUCAGAAAGCCAAAGCACAUCAGUAGAAGGGAGGUAGAGUUUGUAGAAGAGGUUACAAGGCAGAGAGGGCCACAGGGGUUUUUUUCUACUUGGUUUUCUGACCCCUGAUUAAUACUAACACACUUCCCACCAAGCUUGCAUUGACUGGGAACUGGAAAACAUCCAUGACUUUCCAGGGCAGUGAUAUGCCGAUAUCUGUGCCUUGUGACCUUUAAGAAAGCAGUGGUCAUGAAGAAAGGAGACUUAAGAAAAAACUGACCACCUCUGUUUUUUCCUAAUGUUUCGUUCAGGUUUCCAAAUUGUAUUAGUAUGGCAAACAGCCUCUAGGUGCGUUUGCUUGCAGGACAACUUCUAGAAUUUUCUAGCAGAUCUCUGCACCCUUACUUCCUGAUGCAGAGUCAGAUGAGCAGAAAGAUCUGGAGUCUUUGUCAUGUCCAACCCAGGGGUUAUGAAGGGAGAAAACCAAUUCAUUUACUUUCUAUUUGGGAGAUUAAUGGACCUGUUCUCCUGUUCAUAACCACAUCUCUGCUGACAUUUCAGGGGUCUACAAUGGAAGAACAGAAGGAAAUUCAGCUCGACUAUGAGUAAGUAACGACAACUAUGAAAGGCUGCAGUCCAGGCACCAGGUCAGAAAAAAUGGAAAUCUUGAGAUUGGCCCAAUCAAAGAAGAACAUUAUCAGUUUGAACAUGGACCUUGAAAGGGAUAUGCAGAGAAUAGAUGAAGCCAACCAGGAGCUUCUUCUCAAAAUACAAGAAAAAGAAACUGAAGUCCAGAGGCUGGAACGUGAGAUCACCCAGACUGGAGACCCUGCAGAAGACGAGGAGUGGGAAAGGGAAAACUACACUGUGAUGGAAAGAGAACAAGCCCUGCAGGAGCUGGAGGAAGAAACAUCCAGACUGGAGAGGAAGAAUGAGACUCUGGUUCAUAGUAUCUCAGAACUUCAGAGAAAGCUUACAAGAAAAUCACAAAAGGUAGUCAAGUGUGAACAAGGUGAUCUGGAAACAACCCCAGAAGAGUCCAAGGUUAAAUUACAACAGUUGGAGUCAUCCUGUGCAGACCAAGAAAAGGAGCUUGGCAAGAUAAUGGAAGACUAUGUGUUUGUGUCUCAGCUCUGUGAAGAUCAAGCUCUCUGCAUAAAGAAGUACCAGGAAGCUUUGAAGAGGAUAGAAGAAGAACUGGAGACUGGAUACCUUGAAAGAGAAGUAUCUAAAGUCUUAAGCAUGGAUUCUGAGAGAGAAAGGAGCACGAGCCUAAGUCAGAAGGAUGGUUUCGUCAGUAAAGGGGCACUGAGGUUCAGUAAAAGGAUUCUCCGCUCCCUCUUGUUCUCCACGCUGUUUUUCAUCAGAUUGCUGGGGUACCUGAUCUUCCAUUUAAGUUUUAUAAAUCCCGACCUCCUGGUCAAUGCACUGCCCAAGAUACUGAGCAGGGACGUCUUGUGGAGGCUGCGAUGUUUCCUCUUUCCAUCUCUCACACUUGAGACAGAAGACAUGCUACCCCACUGACCCCAAGCUGUAUCUGAGGGCAGCGGAAGGCAGGAGGCAUGCAGGCUCACAAAUGGGAGGUGGUAAAAUCUGUGGAGGCAAGAGGUAUGCCUCAGUUUUUCCCUUGAGAUUGGCCUACUUAGUGACAUCUGUCUCCAUGUUACUUUUCUAAGAUUAACCUUGCCCAGUAAAGAACUUUGUC